AUGUCAGAAGGAGAGAGCAAGGACAGCUCGGGCAGCGAGUGCCCGGUGUGCUACGAGAAGUUCCGGGACCUGGAAGGCGCCAGCCGGACCCUGAGCUGCGGCCACGUGUUCUGCCAUGACUGCCUGGUCAAGUACCUGCUCUCCACCCGGGUGGACGGCCAGGUCCAGAGGACCAUCGUCUGCCCCAUCUGCCGCUAUGUCACCUUCCUCAGCAAGAAGAGCUCCCGGUGGCCCUCCAUGCUGGACAAGAGCUCCCAGACGCUGUCAGUGCCCGUGGGCCUGCCCUCCGUACCCCCCACGGACAGUAUGGGCCACACGAACCCCCUGGCCAUCUCCCAGCCUGUCUGGAGACCCUCCCCGAGCCAGGCGAGGCUGCCCGGCAGCCCGGGUCAGAGCGCCCAGCUCCCCCUGGACCUGCUGCCCAGCCUGCCCCGGGAGUCGCAGAUCUUCGUCAUCAGCCGCCACGGGAUGCCCCUGGGAGAGCAGGACAGCGUCCUGCCGCGGCGCAGCCUGGCCGAGCUCUCCGAGGCGUCCCCGGCUCCCCGCUCUGCCCGCUCUUUCUGCUGUCGCUCGCGGGCCCUCCUGCUCAUCACCCUCAUUGCCGUGGUGGCCGUGGUGGCUGCCAUCUUGCCCUGGGUGCUCCUGGUGAGGAAGCAGGCGUGA